AUGGAUGCUUCUUAUCGAAGGAGAAGCCGUGGAGCAGGCAUUGUAACACCAAACGCAUGUACCGAAUGCCGUAGGAAAAGGGCCAAGUGCGAUGGACAAAAGCCAUGUACAAGAUGUGCUUCUCAACUUGCGGAUUGCAUUUACGAGGCACCUGCAAGACAAACAAAAGACGAGAUGAGGUCUGAAAUUAGACGUCUGCAGGAGUAUCAACGACAGAGCAAGAUGAUGCUCGAGGCUCUGGCUUCAGAUGGCGGAGCUGGGGACGUGUUGCAAAUGCUAAAGAAGGGGGAAGCAGUUGAAGAUAUUUCGAGACGACUUGAGGCUUCCAAACUGCCUGAGGCUUCGAGUACCCCAUCCACCACUGCAACAAAGAAUGGGAACUUGACAUCGAGUAUACAUCAGUUGCCUUUUGAGUUUGAAGACUGGCUCGAGCAAUGGGCCAGAGCCAAUCUGCUCGAAAGCGCUUUUCGGCACGAACAGGGAAGCCGACGUCCGUCUCAAGAACUCUUACUCGACCAUAGCCCAACAGACUAUCUCGAAACCUGGACAACGGUAACAUCGGAUCGAACCUUGGUCGAGCAUCUACUAGCCCUAUACUUCUGCUGGGAAUACCCCAUAUUCGCGACCAUCAAGCAGGAGCAAUUCAUGCUCCACUUCUUCACUGGCAACCCAAGAUACUGCUCUUCUUUGCUUGUCAACGCUCUUCUCGCCCUGGCUUGUCGUUUCUCUGAGCGUGCCGGGAACAACCUUGGGGAUGCAUUCUUUGCAGAAGCAACAAGGCUGAUAAAUACAGAGAAAAGACAUGCUUUGACAACAGUCCAAGCUCUAGGUGUGAUGUCAAUCCGUGAAGCUAGCUGUGGCCGGAUCAACGAAAGUGUGUUUCUAUCCGGUCAGUCGAUAAGUCUUGCAAUUGAGAUGGGAUUGCAUGUGGAAACGGAUAGUGAAGAUGAACCCGUCAGAGAAGCAACUUUUUGGGGCGCUUUUUCGUUAAACAAGAUGCUAUCGCUUGUUACCUGUUCACUUCCGCAGACCUCUUACCAGAUCCCACUUCCAGCAAAGCCUGCUAUCAUAGACCGCGACGAGCAAUCGUUAUGGGUCCCUUACACAGAUUAUGGCGAACCAUUGGGUCUCCAAUUCGGUCAACCAUCGAAUCUACGAAGCGUUUAUUGGACUUUCUGUGAACUUUCGGAAAAAGUUUACAAUGCUCUUCACAUCCUCUAUAGCCCGGUCUCUGGAAUGAAUAGCGCUAAAUUAAUAGAACUGUACAAGUUGUAUCUCGAGUGGUAUGAUACCAUCCCUGACAGUCUUCGGCUUGGACAAAAUUCCACUCCGUCAGUCUUGUUCGCGCAUCUAUUCUACCAUUCGGCGACCCUCAUCUUGUUCCAGCCAUUCAUCAAACUCCGCCUGGUGUCCUCGUCCAUCGUCCCCCUCGAAGUAUGCCUCCAAGCCGCAUCCGCAAUCACAGGACUUGUCAAAUCGUAUUCGGAUCUAUACACACUUCGUCUAACUCCAUCAUUUGUGCCCUACUUUGUUUUACAAUCCUCCAUCAUCCACCUCAUUGCCAUCAAGAUGGAUUCUUCAAACAUCGACGCGAGGAUGAAACUCGAACAAGGAAUACGGGAUCUAGAAGCAAUGGGCUCAUGUCAUGGGUUUGCAUUGAGAGCUAUCGAAGCAUUGAGCGUCCUUGCCGUGAGAUGGGAGGUUGAUGUUCAGUUUGCUCAGAACGAAAGCCCGAAUAGUGACCUGAUGGAUUAUUUCUCGGCGGACGUUCCGACUUUGGGCAGGGUGCACAGUAUUGGGUCCGAUUCUGAAGGAGAACCGUUCUUAUUCUCGCCAUUUCCCUUGCAAGGACUUCCAUGUUUAGGAGUUGGGGAGUUGCUCGAGAGGGAUGGCUUUACGAUGCACACGUGGAUUUGA